GGGCGGAGCCGGGCGGCCAGGCGGGAGCAGGCGCCACGGGCCGCGAGCUCCUCAUUCGAACCUCCCUCGCAGACAGUCUCCGCCCCACAAUGCACCGGGGCGGGCAGCCUUUGAAAAAGCGGCGCGGCUCGUUCAAGAUGGCGGAGCUCGACCAGUUGCCUGACGAGAGCUCUUCAGCAAAAGCCCUUGUCAGUUUAAAAGAGGGAAGUUUAUCUAACACAUGGAAUGAAAAAUACAGUUCUUUACAGAAAACUCCUGUUUGGAAAGGCAGGAAUGCAGGCCCUGCUGUAGAAAUGCCUUUCAGAAAUUCAAAAAGAAGUCGACUUUUUUCUGAUGAAGAUGACAGACAAAUAAAUACAAAGUCACCGAAAAGAAACCAGAGAGUUGCAAUGAUUCCACAGAAAUUUACGGCAACAAUGUCAACACCAGAUAAGAAAGCAUCACAGAAGAUUGGUUUUCGAUUACGGAACCUUCUCAAGCUUCCCAAAGCUCAUAAAUGGUGCAUAUAUGAGUGGUUCUAUUCAAAUAUAGACAAGCCACUUUUUGAAGGUGAUAAUGACUUCUGUGUAUGCCUAAAGGAAUCUUUUCCUAAUUUGAAAACAAGAAAAUUAACAAGAGUAGAAUGGGGAAAAAUCAGGCGACUAAUGGGAAAACCACGGAGAUGUUCUUCUGCAUUUUUUGAGGAAGAGAGAUCAGCAUUAAAACAGAAACGGCAGAAAAUCCGGCUUUUACAACAAAGGAAAGUUGCAGAUGUUUCACAAUUCAAAGAUCUCCCAGAUGAAAUUCCUCUACCCCUGGUUAUUGGAACCAAAGUUACAGCACGAUUACGUGGUGUUCAUGAUGGUCUAUUUACUGGUCAGAUAGAUGCUGUGGACACUCUAAAUGCUACUUACAGAGUAACUUUCGAUAGGACAGGGCUUGGGACUCACACUAUUCCUGACUAUGAAGUUCUUAGUAAUGAACCUCAUGAGACAAUGCCAAUUGCUGCCUUUGGACAAAAACAGCGGCCUUCUCGGUUUUUUAUGACCCCUCCACGGUUACAUUAUACCCCUCCUCUCCAGUCACCAAUUACAGAUAGUGAUCCUUUAUUAGGACAGUCACCCUGGAGAAGUAAAAUCUCUGGCUCUGACACGGAGACAUUAGGAGGCUUUCCAGUGGAAUUCCUUAUCCAGGUGACUAAAUUAUCAAAAAUUCUCAUGAUUAAAAAAGAACAUAUCAAGAAAUUAAGGGAAAUGAACACAGAAGCAGAAAAACUGAAAUCAUAUUCCAUGCCCAUUAGUAUUGAAUUUCAACGGAGAUAUGCAACAAUUGUUCUAGAGCUUGAGCAGUUGAACAAGGACCUUAACAAAGUUUUGCAUAAAGUUCAGCAGUAUUGCUAUGAGCUUGCACCACACCAGGGACUCCAGCCUGCUGACCAGCCAACAGACUUGAGACGGAGGUGUGAAGAGGAAGCCCAGGAGAUGGUCCGGCAAGCCAACUCCUCCUCAGGACAUCCGUGCGUUGAAAACGAAAGUCUAACAGACUUAAUUGCUAGGCUUACUGCUAUUUUAUUACAAAUUAAGUGUCUAGCAGAGGGAGGAGACCUGAAUUCCUUUGAAUUCAAAUCACUCACAGAUUCAUUAAAUGACAUCAAGAAUACAAUAGAUGCCUCUAAUAUCAGUUGUUUUCAGAAUAAUGUAGAAAUCCAUGUUGCACAUAUCCAGAGUGGCCUGAGCCAAAUGGGAAACUUACAUGCCUUUUCGGCCAACAAUACCAACAGAGACUGAGCACAGGAGACCUGGUACUCAACUGCACAAGACCUUGGUCUGAGGAGUCCUUCGUAUUAAUCUAAGCUUCCAACACCAGAUAACCUAUCUGCUGGAAAACACGGGAACUGUACAUCUCCAGACAUGGCUUUUUAAUAUACUGUAAUGCUUCUUAAACCAGCAUUGUGCUGACCAGCAUUUAUUUAUUGUUCUUUUAUUAUCCAGAUGCAGUAGUGUUGCUUAUAUUUCAUGUUUAUCAGCAAAUAUUUUUAACUUAAAACUAUCUGAACAUACUGUUUCAUGGAGGAGCGUGCUCACCAUUUUUUACACGUGCAUGAAUUCUGCUCAGCACAUGCAAAUGACUCCUGUGACAGAGAACACAAAGAAGCAUGGUCUUUUCCGUGCAUGAUGGAAUCCAUCUGAAGAAUCACCGGUUGGUGGAUUUAGUUGAUCAUUAUAUCUCAGGCUUCAAAAUGCACAUCGUGAGUGUGGGAAGUGGUCCUAGUCUUAAGGAAGCCACUGGAAUAUGAUGGGAAACACAGACUUAAGUAUAUGUUACAUAUACUGACAGUAUGACAUGGUUCUAUAGAUCAAUUUAUAAUAAUAAAUAUUUUAAUUUAUCAUAAUUUAUAAAAAUGUUGUUUAUCAGUAGAAGAAAAUGAAGGAGCGGCAAGAACUGUAUUGUGGAAUGCUGGAUUUCAGCGAGUGGUCUUGGUAUGCCUUUCCAUGAUUCAGGGCAAAAAGUGCUAUUGUUAGAUUUAUUUAA